AUGCUGAAGGUUGAUACUCAUGUGUCGGAUUCAAUAGCAAUAGUCCCACUUGCAGUCAUUCAGAUCACGCUUUUUCCCAAGUCUGGGAUUUGUUUCGGUUUCACCUACUACCAUGUUCUAGCCGAUGGUAAUGCCUUUCACGGUUUCAUGAAGUCAUGGGCUUCCAUUGCUAAAUUUGGAAGUGACACUGAAUUUUUACUUGGACUCAAGGAAUUGGUUAUAGACCGUCGAGGGACACAACAUACAUCGUCAUUCAUGGUUACAUGUACCUACAUAUGGGUUUGCAUUCUAAAAGACGAGGAUAAUGAUGAUGAUGAUGAAUUGGUGCACUUUGUUUUCACAACAGAUUGUCGAGAAUGUUUGGAUGCACCCAUACCCGCAACUUACUUUGGUAAUUGCAUAGCAUUUUGUUUUGAAAAAGCAAGAUGUAGCCAACUAAUGCAAGAAAAAUACGGCUUUUUUAUAGCAGUAGAGUCGAUUGGAGAGGCGAUUGCCACAUGGGUUUAA